CACACACACACACACAUAAUAUAGGGUUAAUGUGUCGUGUAAAACCAACAAAAGUGACUUCCCAUCCACAACCCUAAACCAACCCCACUUUCUUAUUCUGUUGGUGCUCAUUUUCUUCUUCAUCUAUAUAUCUUCUUAUGCACUACUUCUCUUUUAUGUGUUACCUGAUGACAAAUAGUUCACCGCUGCUCAGCUGCGCAGUUUGUUUCGAUCGCGCGGAACUAUGGACGAUUCUGGAGCUGCUUCUAGUGAUGAUGCCACCAAGACUUGCCCUAGAGGACAUUGGAGACCAGCUGAAGAUGAAAAACUUCGCCAACUUGUUGAACAAUAUGGUGCACAAAACUGGAACUCUAUUGCUGAAAAGCUCCAAGGAAGAUCAGGGAAGAGUUGUAGAUUAAGGUGGUUUAAUCAGCUUGACCCCAGAAUCAACAGAAGACCGUUUACAGAAGAGGAAGAAGAAAGACUACUGGCGGCUCAUCGGAUUCAUGGAAACAAAUGGGCACUAAUAGCCAGACUAUUUCCAGGUAGAACUGAUAAUGCUGUGAAGAAUCAUUGGCAUGUUAUAAUGGCAAGAAAGCAAAGAGAACAAUCAAAGCUAUGCGGAAAGAGAACUUAUUCAGACACUCUUACUAAUUCCAAUCAAUUUAGUAAUAAUCAUAUUUCUAGAAAAUCGAGACCCGAAGACAUGUUUUUUAGCUCGAGAAAUAUUGGGUUUCAGAAUAGUAGAAUCUUUGAUUUCCGAAACACCAAUUCAGAUAUUAACAGAACGUUUGCAGUCUCGCCUUCCGUUUCUCAGCUUUCUUGGAGUUUCGCCCCACCAAUGGUUGCAACUUCAAACAGUAUUAUUUCACCGUCAUCAGUGGAUUUCUCAAGAAGAGAAGGAAGAGAUUAUUUGACUUAUCCGAGUUCUUCAGUUUAUGGUAGCAAUUGGAGUUCUUCUAUAAUUGGACUCACAAACAACAGGAGAAUAGUUCAACGUCCAUUUGGCUCUUUUAGAGUUGGUGAUCUUCAUUAUGAUAGCCACGGAAAGAAGGAGCUGAUUAAAUUUUCUGAUAACUCCUCGUUGAGAGUGAGUGCAGUGCAGCAAGAUCAGGGAGAUGAAUCUAUCAAACAUGAUAGUGUUCCAUUCAUAGAUUUUCUCGGUGUGGGUAUCUCUUCUUGAUCACCAAAACAUCCAUAGUUAUAUUUAACUAAUUUUCUCAUUAAUAUAUAUUAUGGUAGUUUAAAUUUGCUUCA